AUGGCGCCUAAUACGGUGAAAUGUGCAAACUGUAAUGUUGUUAUCAACGAGAUACUGUCUUUCAUACAGAAUAAAGUGGACGUAAUGGAUGAAGAAGGAAUCGUGCGUCUCUGCUCAUCAGCUUUCACAUCUGAGGAAAUUGAAAAUGCUAAGUGCCUGUUAUUUGAGUCAAUAACGACGACCAAGAGGAACGUCAGAAGAAAGAAGGAAGGAAAAUCACAGCGAGAUCUCUUUGAUGUGAUAGCUGUCUUUAAAGAAACUGAUCCAGAUAAAGUACCUAUUUUUGUUGCCCGUGAUCUACAUAAGUUACCUGCGGUGACCUUCGAUCAUUUAGAUGUCACGAGAUUACUUAAAGAACUACUAACUUUACAGAGUGACAUGAAACAUAUAAAGGAUGACUAUGUUACAUCGAAGGAGCUGAAUUUAGUGAAGAAUGAGCUUUGUAAUUUAAAGCAAGCCUCGAUAGUUAACAAUUUUGAAGGUAUUUGUAAUGUAAAUAUGAAAAGAGGCGGUAGAAUCAGAAAAAGCAGUAACGGCGCUAACCAAGGUGACGAUUAUCUGCGUGACAGCUUGUGUGACAGCGGGCCGAUGGGACUCCGCCUAGAUUUGCCUACAACUCCGGAUACUGAUCCACCGCCGAUUACUGAAUGUGCACACACACUAACGCCCCAUCUCUCUCUCACGGCAUGCGAAGCAAAUGAUUCUGUAUUGUCUAAGCCGCAACGGGUGGGUGAGGUGUGUGGAGGGAAUUUGUCGGGCGUACCCACACUGCGACCGCUGUUGCAUUUGGCGGCGCCUGAGAUCGAGUCUAAUGUAAACAAACAACCAAGAUUACUGGCACAAGUUGUUCGUAAUCCAGGCGUAUGGAAAAAUGAUCCCCCUAAGGAAGAGUGGAUUUUAGUGCAAAACAAAAGACUGCGGAACCGUUUUAUUGGGCAGAAAGGUAAUGCAGUGAUAGACUCUGAUACUAAGUUUAAAGCGGCGGCGAUAAAAGUACCUAUUUACAUAAAUAAGGUACAUAAGGAGACAACAGAAGCGGACAUUAAAAGCUAUAUACUAAGGAGAACUAGCGUAGAUGUUGACCUGGAAAAGUUGAACAGAAAACAGGACAAAGAUUACAAUUCUUACAAAAUUAUUAUACCCAAGUAUAAACUGGAUGUGUUUUUGGAUAACAGCCUGUGGCCGGAGGGGGUUACAUUCCGCCGAUUCAUAGACUUUAGAGAAAGAAAACCAAAUAAAACGAAUGGAUAA